AAUGAUUGGCAGAUAAAUCUUUCGUGCAUUUUCAUCGACCACAGCUCCUUAUGUGUGGGUUAAUAAACAUACCAAGGUGAUCUGUUAAGGUAUUACUGGUAAUUAGGUAUUGUUUGAUAUUAAAUAAUUAUAGGGUACCUUCUAAACAGAACAAGCCUUAAACUAUUUCACUAAAAUGGUUGGUGGAGUGUCACCAAAGAGUAAAAAUUGAAGUUAUAAGAUAGAGGCCGGAAGCACUCAUCUUGGAUUACCUGUAUUUAAGAAUUGUCAAGAAGCCAAACAAAGUACAGGAUGUGAUGCCUCAGUUAUUUAUGUUCCUCCUCCUACAGCUGCUGCAGCUAUCAUUGAAGCAAUCGAAGCUUAAAUUGGUUUAGUGGUAUAUUUUCUAUUAGUAUGUAAAGGUUGUUAUUACAGAUGGUAUCCCAUAACAUGAUAUGAUUAGAGUCAAACAUGCUUUAAGAUCUUAAUCAGUCACUCGUGUCAUUGGUGUACGAUUAUAUUACUUAUAUUUCAGCCUAAUUGUCCAGGUAUCAUUAAACCUAAUGAAUGCAAAAUUGGUAUCAUGCCUGGAUACAUUCAUUAAAAUGGAAAAAUUGGUAUUGUCUCAAGAUCUGGUACUCUUACUUAUGAGGCUGUUGAUUAAACAACAAGAGCUGGAUUAGGAUAAUCAACUGUUGUUGGAAUAGGUGGUGAUCCAUUCAAUGGAACUAAUUUUAUUGAUGUUUUAGAAAGAUUCAUGGUUGAUCCAGAAACUGAAGGUAUUUAUUUUAUUUUUAUUUAUUUUAGGAAUUGUUAUGAUAGGAGAAAUUGGUGGUGAAAAUGAAGAAAUGGCAGCUGAAUGGAUUAAAAAUAAUAAUCCAAAAAAUAAACCAGUUGUUGGUUUCAUUGCUGGUAUCACUGCACCUCCUGAAAGAAGAAUGGGACAUGCAGGAGCCAUUGUAUCUAGUAAUAUUACUAUUUUAUAUAUUCUAUAGAGGGAAAGGGAAGUGCACCUGAAAAAAUUAGAGCUCUUGAAUAAGCUGGAAUAAGAGUUGUGAAAUCACCUGCUUAAAUUGGUAAAACAAUGUUGGAAGUUAUGAAAGAAAGAGGAUUAGCAUGAGU